CCGCUUCAAACCGUAACCGCGAGUCCGGCCGCGACUCAGCUGGUCCUCAGAGCGGCUUCGAAAUCCCUGCUCCUCCGCACGCCAGUUGGAACUAUCCUCAUGUGGCGUCAAUAGUGUGCGGGUUCUGGUCUUCGUUGGGCCUCGGAAAAGGAUCUUAACAGAAGGGCAACGGUGGACGGAAAACCCUCUCGGCGAAAAUGGCUUCCACGCACAUAUUCGAGGACCAGGAGAACCGAGUCCCGGCGGCCCAGCGGAGAGGCAAGAGAGAGGACCCGAGGGCGAGCAGUGUGCUUGUUAACAGACGGCCAGUGCUCGGUGCUAUCAACACCAAUUUGCGGAAACAACCAGCUAGAGCAGCCAAACAGGGUGUCAGUUAUGAAACGGGUAUUCCACAGCAAGCUGAUGAAAAUGCCUGCCCUACACAGAAAUCUUUCUCGACAAGUCAACCCUCUUUUACUAUUCAUGAAGAUACAUGCUUAUCCAUGGGAACCACCAGUAACAGCCAGAGUGCAUCUAGCAAUUCCACAGGACCUAACCCAUUAAGUGAAAGGUUAAGUAAACCAUUACAAAGUGAAGAAGAAUCUAUCGAAGAUAUUGACCCAUCUGUAACAGAAUUGCAGAGGUCUCUAUCCAUCGAACAUUCAGGAUCUUCAGAUGUAAUGGAGAUGAGUGUAUGUGAAGAUGACCUUAUGGUGGUAGAAACAACUCCCCGUGAAGAUGUGCUUCAUAGUAGAAAUGACGACAUAUUUGAUGUCCCAGAAUAUGCAGCAGACAUUUACCAGUACCUGAGAGAAGCAGAGGUGUGCCACAAGCCCCGUGCAAACUACAUGUCAAAGCAGACAGACAUCACAGCAAGUAUGAGGUGGAUUCUUGUCGACUGGCUUGUUGAAGUAGCAGAGGAAUACAGUCUACAUACAGAAACUUUAUAUUUGGCUGUUUCAUAUAUUGACCGGUUUUUAUCGCACAUGUCUGUUAAAAGGGAUAAACUUCAGCUGGUUGGGACCACAGCUAUGUUUAUUGCUGCGAAAUAUGAGGAGAUCUACCCUCCAGACGUAGGACAGUUUGCUUAUAUAACCGACAAUACCUACAGAGUUGGGCAGAUCUUGAGAAUGGAGCAUCUUAUUUUGAAAGUGUUAAGUUUUGACAUGGCAGUACCAACUACACAUUUGUUUGUCAAUAAGUUUGCCAGAUUGUGCAAAUGUUCAGAAGAAACCUUGCAUUUAGCCUUGUUCUUGGCAGAGGUUACUAUGCUAGAAUGUGAUCCUUUCCUGAGAUUCCUGCCUUCUGUGAUUGCAGCAUCAGCUGUUUCAUUAGCAAAUCAUACACAGGGUCACACUGCCUGGCCAUCACACAUGGUAGAAUCCACAGGAUACAGUUUAGAACACCUGAGAGAAUGCUAUGUAAACCUACAUCGUGUUUUCUCCAGAGUUCAUGAACCUCAGCAACACGCUAUUAGAGAUAAAUAUAGAGGCACAAAAUGGCACGGAGUGUCCCGCUUAACUCCAAGAAGCCACUUCCCCUGGUGAUGAAACAAAAGUGUAAUUAGGGUAUGCUGAUAAUUGUGUGUGAAGAUGUUUAUGUAAAUUUUGUGUGGUUGUUUUUCCCCAAGACUGAAUGGAAUGUUAGCACUUUUUAUACAGAUAAGACAACUCGGUGAUCAUGAGUGAUAUACUCGGCUUUUUCCAAGUUCAUUGGUUCAAAGCUUGGUGCACGUUCUCAGUGAAGCGUUGGAACAGUUGCAUGCAGGCCUCUGGUAGAGUAAGGAAGUUUUAUCCUUCACAGGAUGUCUUAUCAGUUGACAGGUGUAAUUUUUUUUUUUAAUAACCUUUUAUAUUUUAUUAAUAGUGCAAGAAAUCACCAGCUUUAAAAGGCCUGUGUAGCAGAUCUCUCUAGCGUUUGAACUGUCAUCAGCUUACCAGUCACUGCAUGAUAUUAGGAGGUUGUCCGUAGCAUGAUUUUCAGUAUUUUUGUAUGUAAAGGAAUUGCCUCAUGGUAACCUUUGCCUGCAGCCAAAACAUAUCAAGUGUUCAGAAAGACAUGUACAAAUGGCUGUAUAUAUGUAAACUAGAAUCCUUGAAGGAUGAAGGAUUUUAUCCUUCGAUUUUUUUUACCAGAAAGACCUAUUCCAAAAUACAUUUCUUCAGAUCUCUA